CGUCCGUCCCCAGUGGGAUCCGCCGCGUGUCCCGGGAGCGGUUUGCGGCCGCCGCGUUGCCGUGGCGACGGGAUCCGCCGGUCCGCUCCGCCUCCCGUGGUGGGGAAAGACGGGGGCGGAGAGGCUGGGGCGGUGGGGAUGAGGGUCUUCUCGCAUCGAAGUUGUGAUGUGCUCUCCGCGCUUUCCCUAGCACCCUCCCGAAAAUGCUUGAGUCGGUUGGAAGACUUUCUGAAAUUGUUUUGGCCAACUCAAGAGAUAAAAGAACAGCCGUUUCACCGCUUUGCAAAGAAUUGUGCUUUCCUUCUGCUUGACUGCCGCCGAUUCCACCACCAGGAGGCCCUCAUUCCAGUGCUUACGGCUAGGCAAAGAAAGCACAAGGACAGCAAAAAGAGCAGUGAUCAAUACUUUAUUGCCUGCUCUUUCACAAUGAAGGCCAUGGAGGAUCAAGUCGUCCAAGAAGAACCAGGAUACCAGGAUGAUGAGGAAUCCUUUUUUCAGGAUAUUGACCUUCUACAGAAGCAUGGAAUUAACGUAGCAGAUAUUAAAAAGCUGAAGUCAGUUGGGAUCUGCACAAUCAAAGGAAUCCAGAUGACCACGAGACGGGCGCUGUGCAAUGUAAAAGGGCUUUCAGAGGCCAAAGUGGACAAGAUUAAAGAAGCUGCAAACAAGCUUAUUGAGCCAGGCUUCCUGACUGCCUUUGAGUACAGUGAAAAACGGAAGAUGGUAUUUCAUAUUUCUACUGGCAGCCAGGAAUUCGAUAAACUUCUGGGUGGUGGGAUUGAAAGCAUGGCAAUCACUGAGGCCUUUGGAGAGUUUCGGACAGGCAAAACUCAGCUAUCUCACACUCUUUGUGUGACAGCUCAACUCCCAGGAUCAAAUGGUUACACAGGUGGAAAGAUUAUCUUCAUUGAUACUGAAAACACUUUCCGACCAGACCGUCUUCGUGACAUCGCCGAUCGCUUCAGUGUUGACCAUGAGGCAGUACUUGACAAUGUGCUGUAUGCACGUGCAUAUACUAGUGAACAUCAGAUGGAAUUGCUUGACUAUGUAGCAGCCAAGUUCCAUGAGGAAGCUGGUAUCUUCAAGCUAUUGAUCAUUGACUCCAUAAUGGCACUUUUCCGUGUGGAUUUCAGUGGUCGUGGAGAGUUGGCUGAACGACAACAGAAACUAGCUCAGAUGCUGUCAAGGCUCCAAAAAAUAUCAGAAGAAUAUAACGUGGCCGUGUUUGUGACCAACCAGAUGACUGCUGACCCAGGAGCAACUAUGACCUUUCAGGCAGACCCAAAAAAGCCCAUUGGGGGCCACAUCCUUGCUCAUGCUUCGACUACCAGGAUCAGUUUGAGGAAAGGGAGAGGGGAGCUGCGAAUUGCAAAGAUAUAUGACAGCCCUGAGAUGCCUGAAAAUGAAGCUACAUUUGCAAUAACCACGGGAGGGAUUGGGGAUGCCAAAGAAUAGGUAAAAAAACAAUGUAAAUGUACUGCUGGGCAAGUUGGGAUGAAGAUUUGUGCGUGGCCACCAACUGCCUGGCUUCACUUCUAGCUUUUGAGAACUAUUUGAGAUAUUUUGGGAGAACACUGGGAUGAACUCUGUACAGUUCAGUUUUACUGAAUUUGGUUCAUUUAAGGUCUUUGUUUUUCAAUUGAACUUUCAGCAGACAAUGAUUCAAGAAAUAAGCUUGUGAAUUGUUCUCAGAAUCCUUUUCCUAUGUUUUGUGAAAAUCAAAGCUGUUCUUUCACAUGGGAUUAAAUAUACUCUUUCUUAGUUUAUUUCAAAGAGAAUGUCUAAGUCGUAGAAUUUAAUGGAGCGAAAUGAAGAAGAAUUGGAAUAAACUCAGUUAUGAAAUUACCAUAAAUAGGUGGAAAAGGCAGUGGGAGGAGCAACAGCCCAAGAACUUGAUGGAUUCUCAUGUACUGCAGAAGAACAAGUAAUUUUAAAAAUAUGUUUUUAGGCAUUUUUAUCUUGCCUAUUUUUAUCUUGAUAAUGCUUACAUUUUUAUUUAGCAGUUUUUACUUUUUGAAGAGAAUGUUUUA